UUGGCCGUAUCGUAAAUAAAAAGGAGCCGUGCCGUAUGAUAAGGCUGUCGACAAAGCCGGCUGAGUGAGUUUGACGUGGACUGUAAGUUGGCAGUGAAUGUGAACGAGGGGCGCGAAUCGAACUAACGACGAGAGAGGGCCCGCGUUUGGAGAAAAUUCAAGAGCCGACAGACGAACGGUUCAUUUAACAUGGCCCAAAAAAGGGUGAUGGUUACUGGAGGGUCCGGCCUCGUCGGACAGGCCAUCCGGACGGUGGUUGAGGCGGAUGCCAAGCCGGACGAGUCGUGGAUUUUCCUCAGCAGCAAGGAUGGGGAUCUUAGCGAUGCUCAGCAAACGGAAGCGAUUUUUGAAAAAUACAAGCCUACUCAUGUCAUUCACCUCGCAGCGAUGGUUGGCGGACUUUUUCACAACAUGGCACACAACCUAGAUUUUCUGCGAGUAAACUUGCAAAUAAACGACAACGUUCUUCACAACAGCUACAAAUUUAAAGUGCACAAGGUCGUGUCUUGCCUUUCGACCUGCAUUUUCCCUGACAAGACUCCCUACCCAAUCGAUGAGACAAUGGUGCACAAUGGGCCUCCUCACCCGUCAAACUUUGGCUACAGCCACGCUAAGCGCUUAAUUGACGUCCAAAAUCACGCUUACAAUCAACAGUACGGCUGUAUGUUCACCUCUGUCGUCCCCUGCAACGUUUUCGGGCCGCAUGACAACUUCAGGCAAGGAGAGGCGCACGUUUUGCCUGCUUUGUUGGCAAGAAUCCACAAAGCUGCAACGGAAGGCCAGCCCGCUGUGACCGUUUUGGGCACUGGAAAACCUCUUCGUCAGUUUAUUUAUUCUCUGGAUUUGGCCAAACUAAUGGUUUGGGCGUUGUGGAAUUACGAUUCAGUCGAGCCAAUCAUCCUCUCAGUUGACGAGAAAGAUGAAGUGUCCAUCGGAGAGGUGGCCCAUGUGCUGGCCAAAGCGUGCGGCUACCAGGGCCGGCUUGAGUUUGACACUUCGCAGGCGGACGGCCAGUUUAAAAAGACGGCUAGCAACGCCAAACUGCGCUCCCUGCUGCCAGAUUUUCAGUUUACGCCACUCGAGCAGGCGAUAAAGGAGACGGCUCAUUGGUACUCGCACAACUGGAUGAGUGCCAGAAGGUAACGCGUGCACGUGUUUUCAUCUUGAGCUGUUGGGUCUAGUUAAAUAAUUCGUGACAUGGCUUAAAUGGAAUUUGUGUUAUUUUAAAUUGUUUAUGAAAUGUGUUCACCUUCGUGUGUGUGAAAUAAAGCGUGAAAUUAUUUUAA